GACAAGCAAGCACUGUUCCGCCCCCACCGCGCUUGAAGCUCCGCCUCCUUUGAGCCUUCCGCCCCAGACUCCGCGCCGCACAAGAGAGACCCCCAGCCUCUCUCUUUUGCCUCUCUCUGUCUUCCGUUUCUUCUUGGCCUUGCGCGCAGUGACCCCCACCGCGAGCAGCGCCUUCAGCCCCCUCCCGCGUCCCACAGCCGACCUUCAUCGUCUCCAACGCAGCUAAGAAGAAACCCAAGCGCAGAGAGAAAGCAUGGGCGCUGUUGAAUGGUUUCGCGGGAGCUCGGACAGGGCGGACGACGCGCUGGCGCCUGAGCAAGAUGGUCGCAAGAGGAUCAAGAGCCGCUUCAGCCGCCUGCGGCUGCACGGCUCGGCCAUGCUGAACGCCAAGGGCCUGCUGCAGCAGACGGUGGUGACCAAGCUCGUGCAGUUCCGCCUGGCGCCGCUGCGCUGCACCUCGCCCUUCAAGCGCGACAGCGAGUGCCCAAUCAUUCUGUUCGGAGAGAAGGGUGAAUGUGCCGAGCCGGAGACCGAGCUGCCUGCUGGACUGGACGCCAAGUGGCUCACGACGGAGGCGGCCGAGCGCUUCGCCGAGCAGGUCAAGUGCAUGGUCGCGGACACCGGCAGCUCGUUCCAGAUGACGAGCGAGGGCUGCGGCGGUGCGUACUUUUUGUCGGUGGAAUCGAUGGACAAUUCUUCUACCAAGAAGAUGAACCCUCUGGGAAUUUUCAAGCCACGCGACGAGGAGUACAUGGCCCCGAAGAACCCGAGGGGGUACGUGAAGGAAAACGCGGUGGUGGGCGUGACGGAGCACCCGGUGAACAAGGGCUUCCGAGUCGGCAACGGAGCUCUCCGUGAACGCGCCGCCUAUUUGCUGGACAACGCCUACGGCAGCUUUAGUGGUGUGCCUGUGACGAACUUGAUGGUUUUGAGUGUGAAUGGAGAGGAGAAGGAGGGCUCGAUGCAGCGCUUCGUGGCCUCGCAGUGCUCGGCGGAGGACAUGGGCACGCUGAAGUUCGCGAUCCCCGAGGUGCACAAGAUCGGCAUCCUGGAUGUGCGUCUAUUUAACACGGACCGCCACGCCGGCAACAUCUUGUUGAGUGCGCGGCCGAACGACCAGACCUUCGGCAUGACGCCGAUCGACCACGGCUUCUGCCUGCCGUCCUACAAGCAGCUCGACGGUGCGACGUUCGACUGGCUGCAGUGGCCCCAGGCUGAAUUCCCGUUUACGUGUGCUGAGCUCGACCACAUUGCGUCGCUGGACGAGGCGCGAGAUGCGGCCGUGCUGCGUGCCGUUGGGAUCGAGGAGGAGUGUGUGACGACGAUGCGUGUGUGUACGGCGGUGCUCAAGCGUGGAGCGGAGGCCGGGUUCUCGCUGUUCGAGAUCGGCAGUCUGCUACAGCGCGACGGUGACUUCACGUCGCCCUCGCAGCUGGAACUGGUUGUCGCCAAGGCGGCCAAGGUCGUGGAGGAGGACAUGAACAUGUCGGAGGAAAAGGACGGAGUGGCCUUCUUCGACGCCAUCGUGGCCGAAUCUGCUCGCCAGGCCGAGAGCAUGUUCGAGGGCCAGACCAAGAAGAAGGUGCGAAGCAUCAGCUGCUUCAGCUAAGCGGUGCGCCGCGGAGCUCAAGAGCUCGGGCGCGGUGAGUUGAGUGAGUGUUUUGAUGGAAGAAACAUGACAAGAAAACAAUAAACAAGAGAGGAGAGAGGAAGG